GGGCUCCCAGCAUUCAAGAGUAAAUCCCGUCGUGAACAACGACACAGUUGCCGACCCACAAGCGUUUUCCUCUUGUUGCUCAAGGUCUGUAUAUAACGUCCUUUGUAAUCAUAUCUAACCCUGAUUCACGAAUUCUCGGCGGCAGUACACUCCACGAACGAACAAAAGGCGCAAUUAAUUUAGUCUGAUAUACACACACACACGGCAGUAAUAAUGAUAAUCAUUUCAUAUUGUUUUAUUCUUUGUUGUAAAGCCGCUUGCAAUGAUAUUAGAAGAUUUGCGAAAUAAAUGCCGGUGAUUAAAAGACGAGACAUUAAUAAUGAAAGCAGUAUAUUGCUUUUUGUUGUUCUCUCAGCUCGUAAAUUUUAUCAAACUUUAUUUUGGAACGCGCUCGUGACUCUAAGGAGGCUGGGACGAGAAUUGGGCUCCAAUCUCUUUCUUUCGUUUCGGCUGCGCGGUUCAGAAGAAGCAAUAAAAUUUUCACGAUAGAAUCUUGCGUGUUUUCAUAAAAACUGACUCGUAUCCAAAAUACUCUACCUAUGACGGCUAGGAAAUUAUGAUUCAUGGCUGUUCAUGGCGGUUCAACGGCUCAACCAUCAUUUUAACUUGCGGUUGUAGGUUAUAAAACAUUACUAUGCUUGGAAACCAAACGUGAUUGACAAGCAUUCACGAGCAGACAUUUUGCGGUUCACGUUUAAAAAAUUUAUGAAUUAUGACAUUGAGGAGUUAAAGUGUAUAGUAUGACACGUAAAGUAUCCCUUGCUAACGUGGGCGAUAUGCCUUGCGUUGUCAACACACGUUAUGCCGUAACCAACAUUUGUCGUGAUGAAAAUCAGAAAAUAGUUCAGCUUUUCCGGAAUACAAACCCUUCUGACCCUUCGAGCGAAGCGCUGAGAAGUUUUCGUAGGUAACUUAGGCCAUUGCUGAACUUAUUUCGUCAAAAGAUAUUUGAGCUUACAUGCAGAAAUAUUCUUAAUGUGUCAAGAAAAUUUUCAUGUCAGGCAUUUUGAUUUCUGAAUCAGCAUGUGCGCUGUGGAGAGGUAAUUGGGCGGAUGUGAAUCUUAUUAAGACACGACUGGUGUCCGCUUGGCCUCGCGGUUUUAAUACUCGCGUGAUCAAUUAGAUGUUUCAUAAUCAAAUGAACGGACAGAACGGUGGUGAGCUAGCUAUUAAAGUAUUAGCCACUGGCCUGACAACUAGACUGAGAAGCGCUGUUGGUUUGCGCAGGAUAUACACACGGUUCUAGACAGAAAUAAAUCUUGUUAGACCGAGGCGGAAUACGCGCUGAUAGGAAUAAAAUACUACUGUUUACAUGGCUUCGAAAGAUUCAAGGUGGACGUUCAAUUUGAGUACGAACAAGCAAGUUUCAGCUGGUGUUCCGAGGCCAACACCGGAGGAAGCCAAGCUUUGGACAACAAAUUUUGACGCCUUGCUCGCCAACGAAUAUGGAUUAGGCUUGUUUAAGGAUUUUGUUAAAAGUCAACAUUGUUGUGAAAAUUUAAAUUUCUGGUUGGACGUGGAAAAGUACAAACACGCAAGCGGUGACCUAAGAGAAAGCGAGGCGAAGCGAAUAUAUGAAACGUAUAUCUCUAUCAUGUCACCCACUGAGAUCAGCAUCGAUUCAAAGACAAGGAAUACAGUUGAAAUGAACAUGGAAAAUCCAUCGUCGACUACGUUUCAACCCGCUCAAGAACAAAUCUAUUAUCUAAUGAAAAGAGACAUUUUGCCGAGGUUUCUGAAGUCAAAGCAAUACAAACAGCUGCGAAGUCGCUAACAGCGUUAUCGUAUUGACGAGCUGUGUUUACGAAAACAACUCUAUUUUAUAUACAAUGAUAUCCAAAGUGUAAACACUAUCGUUGAACAAAGAAUACACAAGAAUCAUGGAUCUACAAAUCCUACAAUUUUAGGGGAAACAGGGGAGAUUAUUUGUACAUAUUUAAAAGAAAGUUGGAUUACCACAAGGAACUUGGAAAGUCAACUUGGUGGAUUUUAAUGAAAAAAGAUUUAUUUAUUUUGCUCUAAAGAGUACUCGAAGUGGGUGUAGCAAUUUUUCAACAAUUUUUUGAAGGGAUUUUGUGCAAGAUCUGGUGAAAAACGUUUUUGGGUAGCAUGUGUUUGUUAUGACAAUGGACCUGGGACGUUAAAAAAAACGUUCGUGGAUGCAUUUGAACAGAAAAAGCGACGUGGUGAUUGCAGAUCAUGUUUGAAAUUCAAUUUAGAUUAUAUUUAACACUCCUAGAGUGUCCGCAAAUAUAUAUAUAUAUUGCUUUGUGACUAUGUAUGACUUCGAAAAAAAUCGCUUUGCGCUAAAAUUUUCACUAGAAAUUUUGAAAACUGACAAGUUUAGUUCCUUGUACAUUUCUGCAGUCUAUCUUCGCUCUUCCAUAUAUAAAGAAACAAAAGAAACAUGACAAAAAAAACUGGGAU